AUGUUGCCGGCAAAAGUCGAAGCAACAACAUCAAGCGAUGGACUUCACUUGGGAGCGGCUCGCGAACGAGCGAUGCUCUGUGACUACCGACUCGAUUGUGAGGAAACGGUCGAUAAAAUGAUAAAGGAUGCUUUCGCAGACUCACGAAAAGCUUUUGAUGUUAAUGAUAAACUGGUCGCUUUGUCUCGGGAGUGGAUCGAGAAGAAUGAAGAGCUGAAGCGAAUUGGAGUGACUUUUGAGCAAUUGGAUAAACGGAUCGCUGACUCGUUUGCAAGCAUAACUUUAAAUAUGUGCUUUGUCAAAAUUGCAAAACAUUUUGCUGAAAAAAUCAUUUGCAAGUUGAGUCUAUUCCAAUCUCGAAAGCACGUGGAUCACGAUGAGGAGAUCAUGCGUCUUCGUAUUGCACUGAUCCACCAACUUGUUGAUCUUGCAUCAGAUGACGAAGAAUUGGCUAUGAAAAUCUUGCAAAAGACGACCAUUCACGAAUGGGUUUCAAAUGAGUUCCUUAACAAGAAAGAGUUAUCCACAAAAAGCGGCGCUCGGGCGAUGUCACUUCUCGUGCAGCUUUUUUACGCCGAAGGAUGUAUUGAGAAGGUGGAACUUCGAAAGGAAAUUCUCAAAAUGGGAGCAGCUGAUAAUCGUGCACCGCAAAAGAUCCACGACUUGGAGGAAGUAAAAGCAAAAAACCAACGUACUGAACAAAUUGAACGAUUUGGGCUUUUACGUCUCCGUACACUCGAACGACUUCAGCCAGAUGGAGGGACGGAAAAAUUUGAUUUAAACGAACUCAUCAAGUGUUUUUGUAAAGGAACACUCACAAUCGAUCAACAAAAUUCUUGGACCGUCUUCAUCACCUCCGUGACAGUUCAUACACAUAUCGAUGAAGAAAGAGAGCUCUUUGUCGAUCCAUUCGUCUUAAAGAGAGAGGCUAUCAUUGAAGCAGUUUCAAAAAUGGUUAUUAGUGCAGUAAACUCACUGGCUAGUGGUAACAAGGAAGAGCAUAAAGAGAGCAAGGGAGAGCACAAAGAGAGCAAGGAAGAGCAAGAAGAGAGCGAGGAAGAGCAGGAAGAGAAGAUUCGUUUACUUGGCAAUGGAUGCAAUCUCUUGAACCGUCUCUUUUCCGUAUUCAUCUAUCACGAGUUUCAAGGAUCAUUCUAUUCCAUAAGACAAAAGACAAUACAAGAAACAACAACUUGGAAAAUGUUGAUGGAAGUGAUUCGAGGGAUCUACACGAAAUUCAUUGUUGCUUUGACAAAAUAUGAAAAGAUUCCAUCAACUGAAGCCACUUUGCGAAAGUAUUUGAGUCUUACCUUUAACGUCUCGGCAACCAGCGGCAUCUCGAUGUCCACAGUGAACCACAAGACUCAACACGGCGUCUUAACUCUGAAAGAUUUGGAUGAGCCGGUGAAAUUCUCCGUUAUUGCUGGCCAAAAAGCCUUCCUCGGCCUCAAAGUGACAAAACACGACGAAACGGAAUGGGAUUUUUCCAAUCUUCGUCGAGCCGCCUUCAUUUUGUCGGAAGUUGUUGAAGAUGGAUACAACGUUGUACUUGGGCGGUUCACUGCGCUAACUCGACGUGAGAUCACCCGUGGUCAAGCGUUCUUGGAAAACAAGAAAGAGGAAAAGCAAAUUCUUGAGAACACUCGAGCCAAGAAGAAACGACUUGAUGGCUUACUCGGCUCUAUGGAUUCAACGAAAGCCAGAGCUGAUUUGAAUCAAAAAUUGGUCAAAAGGCUCGCAAAUACGGGCACUCAUUCUGCGAUUACAAUGGCUUGUCAUGAUGUUCAUCUUAACGUUCUUGGAUUGAAGUUUUGCAAGACUGAUUUCAAUGAACAGAUGCUCUAUGAAAGGCUUAAAGAAAUUUAUGGGAUCGGCCUUAGUCAUGCCUAUGUUCUUUGUGUGUUCAACGAUCUUCUAAAAGAAGAAAAUGUAGUGAAAAUGAAGGCUUUUUGCAAAUAUAUUGAAACAAAAGAUUCGAACACCCUGGCCUUUACCUCCACUCUCAAAUGGGUAAACGAGGCUGUACUCGAGUUAAUUGAUGCGUGUGAGGAUGAACAAAUUGCCAUUUUCACCAGUGCAUUGGAAUCAAUUCUGAGCGAUAUCUCUGCCUAUGACUUCACACGUAAACUUGACACCUCCUUUUACAUUUGGGAGCCCACAAAACCCGAGAAGCCACUGGAGUCGUGCUGUUUACCCAUCAGCUUCUUUGAUGCAAGAGAACAUAGGGAACUUCUUGCCAAAACACCGAUUUCUUCUCUAUGGGAAUGGAAAAAACGGGGUGAUUUGAGGUUGAAAGGCUCUCCGAAUAACUACAAAUUGGUUCGAGUUGAGGCCAUUGAUCAGACUCUAUAUCAGGGAAUUUUCAACACGGCCAUGUCAGUCAACACAGUGAUCAAGAGCCUUCAAGAAGCGGGAGUCUACUUUGAUACGUUAACAACCGGAAUGGAUUUAAUGGUCGAUCAUGAAGCCUUACUGUCAUCUUUUGACCCGUUUGUCGUUUGCUUUAAAGCUGCCGUCUCGUUUGAU